AUGGCAUCUUCGUCGAAAAGUGGGGCCUUGUCCGCCCUUGAGAAAAUUAGGAAACAGCGCCGAGGAGAGGCAAAGGCCACAGAGCAGUAUGAGGUUCGAGACGAGAACGCGGAAAUAUUUGCCACCGUCUCUGCCCAAGAAUACGCAGAGCUCAAGCAGCAAAGAAGGGCAGAAAACUGGAUAGAGGGGGACUUCAGUGAGGGCUACAGCGACGAUGGCGAGGAGUGGUGGCUCUCCGACAGCAGUGCAGACGGGGAGUCCGCGCCCAAGCGUGCGGGCAAACGGCGGGCGACCCACGGAGAGGGUGAAGAAAGAAGCCCACAGGGGACCCUCCCUGCGGGCCGUGAGAAGAAGUCCAGGAGGGGUGCGCCCUCAACUGCAGCAGAGCUCAGGGCUCAGGGUAUGCGCUCUCUACUGCAGCACUUCAGCAGCAUGGCCACGGAGAAAACAGGAGAUCGAGCCCCCCAACAGACAGCCCACUCGGCGAAGCAGCUGCAGGCCUUAACUUCUAUCGAGGCCUCCCUUAAUCUUGAUGAAGACGACGAGGAAGAAGGAGGCCUCGUCCCCGCAAAAAGUAACAAGAGCAGCAGCAGCCUCAGCGGAAACAGCAGCAGCACAAGCAGUAGCAGCGGUAGCAGCAGCAGCAGCCGCAGCAGCGGCAGCAGCAGCAGCAAGUCUCUUGAAGCAGCGAACGCAUUUGGGCUCUUUGGUCUUGGGGACUUUCUGCCAGCUCGCGUCCCUGGAGCCCUGGGUCCCAGCGCCAUUCCCCAGAGAGGAGACCCCAAGCUCAACUCACCACAGCAAGCAGGAGCUGCUGCAGCAUCUGCAGCAGCAACAGAAGCAGCAGGUGACGAGGAGGUGGCAACUGGCUCAAAUGAAAUGCCGGUGGCUGCUGAUGACCCUGUGACGGGUGAAGCGUCCCAAGAAGAACUACCAGAGGCGCAGGGGCCAGCGGACAAAGGGGGCCCUGAAGUAUUCGAGAGCCACAAAGAGCACUUCGGCCUCCAGCGGAAACUUGUACCCGUGGACUUGUUUGCAGGCCAUGAUGGAACUGGCGAGGAGCAGCUGACGGACCAAAAGAUCCCCCGGGGGCCCAUAGUGGCAGAUGAAGCUAUGGGAGCCUCAGAUGGUCUCCCUGUCUGCCCGGAUGGGACUCUGCCAUUUUAUCUUCUUGACGCAUGGGACGACGCCUCCACAGGCACUGUCUACCUCUUCGGUAAGGUCUGGGCCUUAGCAACACAGCAGCAGCAGCAAAAACAGGGUGCUGGCUUGCCGCCUCCGCAAAGCUGCUGCGUUGUCGUGCGCGGGAUGAUGCGUCCGCUAUUCUUCUUUCUGCGCAAGCAAGUAACUCUGGACGUGGGGCCAGACGAAAUUGAAAAGGAAGAAGGGGUCUCCGUGGACUCCGCCGGGCGCCCCAAGCCCAGCCCUGAAGAAGCUCGGGAGGCCCUCCUGUCUGCGCGUUUACGUGCAAUCGAGUCCAAUGCCAAGGAGUUUUUGCGAGUGGACGGUCUGCGUCUGAAGCAGAAGUACAAAUGGCAUUUGUGGAAAUGCAAAAGUACAAAAAGACACUAUGCAUUUGACGCGCCUGGAGUACCCCGCGGUAGAGAUCUUCAAGUGAUUAAGGCAUUCUGUCCCGGCAGCGCGCCUCCGCUGCAGAUGGAGGACCUCGAGGGCACCACCUACUCCCGCGUCUUUGGCUCUGGAGCCCCUCUCUCCGAGGUGCUGCUGGUGAAGCGCAGAAUCAAAGGGCCCUGCUGGAUCAAAAUCACAGAGUUUAGUCUCCCCGCAUCCCCCGCAGAAAAGGUGUCUUGGUGUCGCCACGAAGUCCUUGUGGAGGGCCACAAGCCCAUACGAGUAUGGGGAGCCCCUCGAAAGGCAGCAGGGGGUGAGGACUCUCGUGACCCUCCCGCGGAAGACGGCAAGGAGCCUCCCGCUCCUCCCCUCACUCUCUUGUCCCUUGUUGCUAAGUCAAUAUCCGUCAUCAAUAACCCCAUGGAGGACCGGACGGUCUGCAUGGCUGCAUUUUGCGUGCAAAGGCACAUAGAUAUAGAGGACCCCCAGACGCACCCGGUGCUAUCAAAAGAAAAUGUCUUCUGCGGUGUGCGCCGCGUAAGAAGCGGCACCGCAGGAGGAGCACUCCGGUCUCCAGGGGCCCCUAUUGUUGGGGGAGCCCCCAACGUGUCGGCCCGAGCUAUGACCGGCGGCCUGCCAACCGCGUUCGAGGAAAAGGCGGCGCGCAGCGCUGUGCAGGUUUUCGAUACGGAAAAGGUGCUUUUGACAAACCUCAUAAACCGCAUCUAUGCUCAGGACCCUGACUUCAUUGUAGGUCACAAUGUGUAUGGCGCGGACCUGGAGUUGAUCGCUCGCCGCUGCAAUUUCCACGGACUUCCCCUGUGGCACAAGCUUUCGCGGCUCAAGAGACCCAAGGCACAAAAGGCUCCCUGCAGCAAUCCCAGGCAGCAGCAGCAACAGCAGCAGUGCAUUUGGGGGGGACGCGUCCUUUCCGUGGGCAGACUUGUCUGCGACACUUACCUGCAGGCACGCGAGCUGCUGGGUCACAAGACAAACUACAACCUGCUGCCGCUGCUGAGGGAAGCCUUUUCCCAUGCGGAGGCGGCAGUGGGAGGUGGCAAAAACAACGGAAAGAUGACCGCAUUUCACCGGCGCGUUGCUUCUGAGCUGCAGCGCAUGCAACCAUUUCCAUGUGAGGACCUACUGAGCUUUUUUUGGGCUGCCGACCCGUCGCGCUUGUUGUACGCCUCAAACCUUUGCUGCCUUGAAGCUUACAUGUCUUUGGUGUUGGCGCAGACCCUCAACUGCCUGCCCAUAACCCGAGAGCUCACUCUUAUAGGGGGCAACCUAUGGGCCCGCUCCUUGCAGAAUGCGAGGGCUGAGAGGAACUCAUUCCUCCUCAUGCAUGCAUUUCACGCGGAAAAAUUUGUGUACCCAGACCCACUGGGAGCUCGGCAGAGGAGUAAGGCACCUUCACCUGCUGCUGCUGCAGCUGGAGGUGGUGGUGAGGAUGAUAUAAGCGAGGGAGAGGCAGGGGAUGGCCCGGUUACUGCUGCUGCGGCUGCUGGCGGAGCUGGGGAAACCCGUGGCAGCCGUGCACCAUCUUACGCCGGAGGGUUGGUGCUCGAGCCCCGUGUAGGCCUGUACGACACAUUUGUGUUGUUGCUGGAUUUCAAUUCCCUAUACCCUUCUAUAAUUCAAGAGUUUAAUAUUUGCUUUUCUACUGUCCGGCGGCCACAGAUGGCUUUGGGGGAGGACAGAAGCAGCGACGGGGGGGAGCUGUCAGUGCUGGGGAUUGACUCUAAUCCGGGACUACUGCCUCGGGUGCUGCAACAGCUGGUGCAUAAGCGACGUCAGGUGAAGAUGGCAGCGGAGAGGGAACGGGACCCUGCGCGUAAAGCCUCGCUACAUGCAAAGCAGCUUGCCCUCAAACUCACAGCCAACAGUAUCUAUGGCUGUCUAGGGUUUUCGGGAAGCCGCUUUUACGCGAAGCCUCUCGCAGCUUUCAUCACUCAGCAAGGGAGGGCCUUGCUGAUGGCUGCAAAGGACAAGGUGGAGCAGCAGAUGAGGCUAUCAGUCUUAUACGGAGACACAGACUCCAUCAUGGUGGACACAGGGCUGCGUGAUGACGGUCGUGGGGAAGCCUUUGGAGAGGCAUUCCGAUUGGGCCAACGCAUAAAAGCGGAGAUUAACCGACAAUACAAGAAGCUAGAAAUAGACUUGGAAGCUGUCUUUCGGCGUCUGUUGUUGUUAAGAAAGAAAAAAUAUGCGUGCUGCAUUGUACAGAACUACGAAAAGAAAGAAUAUAAGAUUGAGCAAAAGGGUCUGGACUUCGUCAGGAGAGACUGGGCGCUUCUCACCAGGCAAGCAGGUGAACAGCUCCUCAAGAUUAUAUUCGGCGUAAACCUGACUCCCCAACAACAGCAGCAGCAGCAGCACCACCAGCAGGAUGGAGGAGCAGUAGAAGAAGACACUGUGGACACUGUAGUUGCUUUGCUACACGAGCGUCUCUGCGCUAUGCGAGAUGCCAUAGUCAAUGGCCGCGUCCCUCUUGAUCUUUUUGUCAUAACGCGAGCCCUCACAAAGUCGCCUCAGCUGUAUGCCCAGGGGAGCGGUUCAUGCUCGCAGCCCCAUGUCUUAGUGGCGCUGCGCAUGUUAGCAGCGGGCAGACCUGUGAGGGCAGGCAACGAAAUCCCCUACAUUAUUUGCGACGAAGAAAGCAUACGCCAAGCAGAGGCCAGGCAGGGGCAGAGCCCUACAAGUCCUCCACAGCAGCAGCCGCAGCAGCAGCCACAGCCACAACAGCAGCAGCAGCAACAGCAGCAGCAGCAGCAGCAGCAGCGUUUCCGGAGUCCAGCAGAGCGUGCAUUCCACCCCACGGAAGUGCAGGCGCUGGGCCUUAAGCCUGAUGUGUCGUACUACCUGCAGCAUCAGCUGUUCCCCCCCGUUCAAAGACUUUGCGCACACGUACAGGGCACUACUGCUGCGCGCAUAGCAGAGUGUCUCGGCCUCAAUCCGGAUAAGUUCGCAGAGAAGGAUUUGGGAGACGACGCAGAAGACGAUCCCAACGGGGAGACAGAAAGGCAAAAAGGAGAAGACAGAAUUCUCUCCCUCAUCAAGAAGUCAGAUGAAGCAUUCAAGCAGUGCCACAUACCCGCACAGAUCCCAUGUGGUCUAUGCGGCGAAUGGACUACAGCUGCACAGGGCCUCAUGACGUCCAAGUGCAGCAGCUGCGGUGGCUGGCUGUCACCCUCGGCGCUGAGGGACACCCUGCGGCUUUACCUCGCCUUCAUCCGACACAGUUUUCAUAUCCACGUCACACGGUGCACAGAGUGCAAACACAAGUUUGAAUUCCUACCCCCGGGGCCCCUCUCCCCAGGGGCCUCACUACGUUGUCCUCUCUGUGAAGGUGGCCGUAUCGUAGACUGUGUGUCUCCCGACGCGCUAUAUCUGCAGCUGCAGCAUCUGCGCUUCUUGCUAUCUCAGAAUAGCGGCAGCAGCAACAGCAGCAGCAGCAACAGGAACGUGGGCAGCAUGGGCAGCACCACCAGUAACAACGGUCAACUUCUUCGCAUAGCACUAGACGUCUGCCACGCGGCCAUUCCUCUUCCUUUAGGGGCCUCUACUGGAGGUCCUCAAGGGGUCCCUUCUCGCGUUUCUGGCUCUUUGGUAGCCGCAAGUGCAACUCAGCGGCGACUAAAAGACACUGUGGUUGGAGUCAAGAGGGGACUGGAGCUGAAGUUCCCCUUGGUGGUGGCGGCUUUGAGAUACUUGAGCAGCAUUAAAAAGGGCGUUGUUUCAAUUAAUGCGGAAGAAGAAAGAAAAAGUCUUAUGCAGCCGGUAAUAGCGACAAUGAAUGCCAGCGCCCUGAAUAAUUUGAACCUCCGUACUUUCUUUGCUGCACUGCGUCCUCCCCUGACACCCGACGGUCCCAGCAGCCGAUGGGCCCUCUUGGCCCAGUCUUACCGUGACGCAAAGGCGGCAGCUGUAGAAGGAACUUUGCCUGCGGACUCUGGGGCACGAGACCCUUGGGGAGCCCCUCCAGGCAUGAAAAGACGAAGUUCAGGGGGCCACGCAUUCGGCCUCAAGGGACUUGGCAGCCACCCAAUAACCCUCAAAAGAGAAGUAUUUUAG